CUUAAUAGUCAGGAUUAAUCUAAUUUUCCUCCCUCAGAUGAGUGACCUGGCUUCCAAAUGACCUGAAAGUUUGGCUAGCGUAUAAAAGCGACCUGGAUAUUUUUAGAGCGCUACAGAUACAAAAAUACAGCACUAAACUGUGACCUACAGCUAUCGCAGCAAAGCAUCACAUCAUGCGACGGUCUUAACCUUCGCAAGGAGUGCAUCAGUAGUUGCUUCAGACUAUCAUUAUUCAUCUCACUCCCGGCGAUACCUUUGGAUGCAUUAACUAACAAGGAUCUGCAUUUGUUGCCAUCUUCUUUCAAACCUCUCCUGUAGGCAGUCUGCCACGCAAAAUAGACAGGAAACCUUAAUGGACUUCAAGGAAAAAAGUGUGUAGGGGUCAGAGUUUUUUUUUUAUUUCCCCUCUUAUGUAAGAUUAAUUGAGCGGCAUCCUCUUCUGAAGAAGACAACAAAAACCUCACUCCCAAUACAGAAAGUUAAUUUAGCCUGCAUUCUGCAUAAAUGGGUAAGUAAGGCAGGCUCAACCUUUCAACAGUGGACAUCUUUGGAAAGGAGGCUAGGCGAAAAUAAAAGCUCAUCUUCAAUCCAAGUUUAACUUCUCAGCGUCGACCCACCUUUUAAAGUAACUGCAGAACAGAUUUAAAAUGCCUCUUUUUAGCUGGAUGAAAUGGUCAAAAAGUGACUCCUUCAAACCCACAAAAUAUCCUGGCUCAGACGUAGUAACAAAGACCUUGCUUCGUGAAUUGAAAUGGCAUCUCAAAGAACGUGAGAGACUAGUGCAGGAGAUAGAAGAUGAACACAAAGUCAGAAAAAGUGGUGUGGAUUACAACUGGCUGAAAAAUGACCAGAACCCGCAAGCCACUAUCCCAGCUACAGAACAGAGACAGCUUGAAGUUCUUUGCUCACAAGUUCAACCUUGCCAAACAGGAACUAUUCUAAGCAGAUUUAGAGAAGUUUUGGCAGAAAAUGAUGUCUUGCCAUGGGAAAUAGUCUACAUCUUCAAGCAGGUCAUAAAAGAUUUUCUAACCAAUGGCGAGAAAGAGAAGCAAGAAGAGCAACUGGAAGAUGUAUGGAAUAAAAAUGGCUCAGCACAUUUCACAAUGCCAGGGGAAAACUGUAAGAAGUCCGACAAAGAUGAAAUCCCUACUGUUUCCCGUUUUGUUGACAAAAAUACACAGUGUAUGUUUCCAACUUUUUCCCACAGAAUCUGGAACUUGCCAUAUUACUAUCCAUCAAGUUAAAGUAUUCCUCAUCAUACAGAUAUUUGCAUUCUUUUAACAGUAAUAUCUGAACCCAGAGCACAAAAGAAAAUCCUAAGAAUGAGAUAGAACCUUAUGUUCCCCUUUGUGGCUCAACUGGAAGUCUAAAUUAUUUUUUUUGUUUGUGUUUGUGUAGUGCAUUUUAACUUUUUUACUAGAGUGUUCCGAAGAUGUAAUGCUUUCACUUAGAAAUGUCUUUUUAAUCAAAAAAAAACUUUUUUGAGAAAAUGUUUGAACUCUUUCCUUAUUUUUAAUGUACUUCAAGCAUACUGUGAACUGUAAGAACCAAAUUAAAGGGUGACUUCGGAUAUUUCAAAAUGUAAUGACUUCAGAGAUUACUGGGCAGUAGAUACUUUAUAUUAAUUUUAAUCUUCUAAACUAUGUAUAGAAUGAAAUAAAAAAUUUAAGUGAAAAUCAAUAGAGUAUUAGAGCAGAACAACAAAUGAGCUGAAAUUCCUUGCAACUCCAAAACUUGUGAUUAAAGUCUAAAAUCAUCAUAUUUCUUAUUUUGGCAUUUGUUCAGAUUCUGAGACGCAACGUAUAAAAUUCCUAAAAUUUUUUGAGAUUAGACAAGUGGAAGACAUUUGGUAAAGAGUUGUUUCAUUGCUCAUUUGAAACCAAUGCAUAACAACCUUUAAUUUUUUUAACAGUGAUUCAGUUUCCAAAUAAUUCUAUUGGAAAGGCAGAUACAAUGUUUAAUCAUAUACAGAAGAAUAUCUUUAAAAAAUAAAAUUAAGUAAUGA